CGCUCCAUCUGCCGGACAAUGUACGACGAAAAUGAGGACUUCUCUGACGUUGAAGAAAUUGCAAAUGUCAGGGGUUUUAAUCUGGAGGAGAAACUUGUUAGCAAUUCGUACAACACACAUUUCGUUCAGUUGAUGGACGGCAAAGGUAAAAAAAAUAAAAUAAAAAAUGUUUAAUUCAUAAUGUUAGCCUACCACACUCACUGCCCCCCCAUCAUGCAGACUCAUCACUGGUGUGCAGGUGCAUACUGGACAUGCUUAAAGGCCCAGCGCAGUCAAAAACGUUAUAUUCCUGUGUUUUUUAUAUAUAUAUUUCCACACUGAGGUUGGAAUAAUACUGUGAAAAUGAUGAUAAUGCCAAUUUAGUGUAAGAGCUGUUUGAAAACACCACCUGAAAUUUCAGCCUGUUUUGGUGGGAUGGCGUUUUGGCCUGCCUAGUGACAUCACCAGGUGGUAAAUUAGUUCAUAGACCAAUAAGAAAGAGCAUUCCAAACCUCUCUGCCAAUAACAGCUAGUUUUCCUGUUUUCCCCUCCCCACUCAGACCACUCCCAGACAGUCCUAGCAAAAUGAUUGCUUGAGAAAUUGGUCUUUGCUAAGAAGCUACUGUAUUUUUGUUUCUUUUUUAGCAUUUUAAUUGAAAACAAUCACAGCAAGGUACUUAAUUGUUACCCAGAAAUGAUUUGAUAUUGAGAUAAAAACGUUUGCAUUGGGCCUUUAAAAUGUUCUUCCUUUUCAUCCAUUGCAUUCACACACAUUAGAGGAGAAGUUCCCAUUGGUUAAUUUGUUUUUGUGCAGGAUGUCCUCACAAAUCUAUGGCUGUGUUUAGACAGGCAGCCCAAUUCUGAUAUUUUUUCCAGUCAUUGGUCUUUUGACCAAUCACAACAGAUCUUUUCACUGCAGAUCUUUUUCAGAGCUGAUCUAAUUGGUCAAAAGACCAAUUAGUGGGGAAAAAAGACCAGAAUUGGGCUGCCUGUCUAAACGCAGCCAUUGAGACGCACACAAAUUGCACUCUGCUGUACCACGUGCAAUAUUGAAGUUAUAAUGGCCCAUUGAACACCUACAUUUUUUUCUUCUCAGAUUUCACUUAUGAGUAUGUUCAGAGAGAGGCACUUCAGACCCCUCUUAUUUUCAAAGCCAAAGAUGGACUGGGGCUCAGGUGAGAGAUGAGUACAAUAUGAAGACGUGUGAACAAUCCAAUCCUAUUUAGCCUAUUAAAUGUUCUUGUUUGCCUUGGUUAAAUAUUAGUCUUUGUGGAAUGGUUUGAAGUUAAUAUGCUUAUGUUGACUUUAUUCUUUUAAAAAAAUACAGAAUGCCAGACCCGGAGUUCACCGUCAGUGAGAUUAAAGGUUUGGUUGGUAAGUUUAUCUUUGAAAUAUUAGGCAUGAUACAUAUUCCUUUCACUGCAUAAAUACUUAUCUUAGACUCAUAAUUUAGUUUGGACAGCAGUGCCCACACUGUACUCAACAAUACCCUGCAUUAGUUGAUGAAUUAAAAGCAUGCUACCGGAAAAGGUGUCAAGUCAAAAAGUGUGUGGGUGUUGAUGGAAACAUUUUUAUAAGCCUGGAAUGCAGGGUUCUUUCACUUAUGGAACAAACAUUAGAUGACUCACUUUACCAAGAUAAAUUCCAGACAUUUGUAGUGCAGACACAAUACAUAUAGGCCUAUUCAUCUAGAUUAUAGAAAGUCAGACUGACACCAGUUACAGUUAAAUGCAACUUUUUACUUAGGCAAAAUGACCUCUAAUAAGAUCUCUCAUGUCACAUGGUAGUGUUCAGGUUUACAGUAAGACUGCUGUGUUUGUGUUUGCAGGUAGCCGUCGUGCCGUUGACGUGAUGGACGUGAGCACUCAGAAAGGCUCUGAGAUGAGCAUGGCUCAGUUUGUCCGCUACUACGAGACGCCUGAGGAGGAGCGGGACAAACUCUUCAAUGUUAUCAGCCUGGAGUUCAGCCACACCAAACUGGAGAACCUCGUCAAGAGGCCCACUGUGGUGAGAUGGCGGCGCCAGUUUUUAAUUCAUUUAUCCAUUAUGAUGAGGGCACAUUUGAUAGUGAAUGCCAACUGUCAACUCUCUUAUAGGUGGAUCUAGUGGACUGGGUGGACAACAUGUGGCCCCUUAAACUGAAACAAAGACAAACUGAAGCCACUAAUGUCAUCUCAGAGAUGAAGUACCCCAAAGUACAGAAGUAAGUAAUUUGUCUUUUAGAAAUUCCGUUAGUUAUUGCAUGGUAUUUCCCAUGCAAUGUCAAAGUUUCUUUAGAUUUUUUAUCUAGUGUUUCUUUUGAUGUGUUGACCUAUUACGAAAAUGUAGUUGAUUGUACAUAACAGGAAAACACUGAAGCACAGGCCAAAUUUUUUAAAAAAAGCUGUCGGAAAAUUGCUGCUUUGCAGGGAGGAAAUAUUAGCCUACCCCUCCUGUUUCCAGUCCCUUAGCCCUCCCUCUUUUACUCCGCUGCUGUCGUUCACUUCCUCUGAUGGUUCUAGAUGGUUGCUAGGCAGCAGGGCUCUUUCAUGGUUCUUCACAGGAUGCAGAAGUGACUGCAUGGCUCCUCCUCAGCCAAUCAGCUGCCAGCAUUAUGACAUAGGGGGCACUCCAGAGCCAAUUUUGCCCUCCCUUUCACCCUCACUCUUCCCCUCUCUCUAUCUUGCUCUCUCUUUCUAGCUCUCUCUUUCACUCUAAUAUUCUCUCUCCUUCUCCCAGUCUCCCACUCCUCUCUCUUUUUUACUAAAUGGUGCAGGGCAGAAAUAAAAGCCGGAGCAGUUCUCUCCUGUCCGGUCGGUGACCAGCGCAUGGGGGGUGGGGGUGUGGGGGGGGGGGGGGGGGGGGGGGUCCUGAGUGAACCGGCUCAGAGAGAGAGGAAUAGCUAUCGGGUACGUCUCUGUCUUUUAUUGGGAAAAGCUGUUCAGAUUAAGAGAUGUCGGGAGUACUCUACCAUGUCAUUUUACUUUGAUUUAUUUACACCCUCUUUAAUGGAGACGCUCAAGGGCUGGUGUGAUUGAUCGUAAGUGGUGUGUUGUAGGGGGAUGUUGGGCUUCUAUAGCCCAGGGUCUGCUCACUCUCUAUCCAGAGGAGAGCUGCAUAGAGGAAACUGCAGUGCAAUAGGCUGGGGAUCUGUGUGUGUGAUUCUGUGAGUGUCUCACAGGUUCAGCAGAUGGGCCCUCAGUGAAGUCUGUAAACCAUACAGUAUUAUGUGUCUUGACAUGUUCUGUUGAGUGUAGGUGAUAUGUGUGUCUAUAUGGAUGAGGUGACCUUCUCCCUCUGAGUGGGAGCAUUUAUAAUGUGCUUAUACUGGCAGUUUCCACCAUUACCUCAGUCAAGGUCAUACUCCGGUCUCCAGCCCAUGUGAACCCUCUCCUCCGGUGUCUCUGUGGGAAGGUGCAGAUACACUGCUGUGGGAUGGAUGACAAGCCUGUAUCUGUCUGACUGGCCUCAUACUGUAGGAGCCAACCGGGGCUAGAUAACUAUAACUUAGCCAUAGACUUAUGUAGUGGCCUCCUGUAGCUCAGUUGGUAGAGCAUGGCGCUUGCAACGCCAGGGUUAUGGGUUCGUUUCCCACGGGGGGCCAGUAUGAAAAAUGUAUGCACUCACUAACUGUAAGUCGCUCUGGAUAAGAGCAUCUGCUAAAUGACUAAAAUGUAACUAGACCAAAUCGAAUUAUAUGUAUGGACAAAAUUAGCCGCGUUGACAGGAUGGGAAGUGGUCUGUAUUUUAUGGGGCGGCAGGUAGCAUAGUGGUUAAGAGCGUUGUGCCAGUAACCGAAAGGUCGCUGGUUCUAAUCCCCGAGCCGACUAGGUGAAAAAUCUGUCGAUGUGCCCUUAAGCAAGGCACUUAACCCUAAUUGCUCCUGUAAGUCGCUCUGGAUAAGAGCGUCUGCUAAAUGACUAAAAUGUAAAUGUAAAUGAGCUCCUGCGACUGACUGGAUCAGAGGAGGCAAACAAGCUUGUAUUGAUCAGCUGCCUGAUGUUAUUGAGACUUCCUGGCAGACUCAUGUUGCCAAGAGAGGUUAUUUCCCAUACAACAGGACCAGGGUUUGUGUUGAUCAGUGUCGGGUAUAGAAUUAGUAUAUGGUUUAUUCAUUACUCAUGUGUUGGCUGACCAAUGACUUGAAGAGUGGAAUUUCUACCCUGUCAUAUCCACAGUAGAAGGCUUUGGAUUAGAAGUAUCACAGCCUUUUUACUAGGGCUGUGACGAUACCAGUAUCACCAUUUUUUCCAUGACAAAAAUGAAAACACGAAGCAGACAAACUCUAAAAUAUUGUGUUCUAUAGCUUGGAGAAAAAAAGUGACUCUGGAUGACAACAUAAUGAUGUUUGUUUCCAACAUUAGGGCUGUUUUCCUAAAGAAGUUAAAUCCGCUUCGUGUUUUGUUUCCUUGCCCCGGUACUAACGAGUAUCGUGAUACUGGUAUCGUCCCGGCCAUACUUUUUAUUUGGCAGUUUUUAUCUAUCAAACACUCAGUGUGUGGUAUGCACUUGUAGCUAGCAAUAAUAUUAGCUGAUUUCAAUCUGAGAAACCUUGAGAGUAGACUGACUGUGCUGGCUGCAAAAUGAUACCAGGAGAACAGAUGCACCAUUUUACAGUAGCCUACAUACAAAUCAAACCACCUAACAAAAAUCAUGACUGCGGCUCUAACAAUAAUGUGCCUUGUAAUGAUAGUAUGGCCGGGACAAUACAAGUAUUGUGAUACUCGUUAGUAUCGUGGCAAGGAAACAAAACACUAAGCGGAUUUAACUUCUUUAGGAAAACAGCCUUAAUGUUGGAAACAAACAUCAUUAUGUUGUCAUCCAAAGUCACAUUCUUUUAUUUUCCAAACUAUACCACACAAUAUUUUAGAGUUUAGGUCUGCCUUGUAAUUUAAUUUUUGUCAUGGAAAAAAUAUUGCGAUACUGGUAUCGUCCCAGUCCUAAAUGAUAGUGUGUUCCAUUUUCUCCACUGAAGCCCUGGAGUCAUAGCCUCAGUCAUAACCUCGCAAGCCGCCUGAUUUCGCGAGCUUACAUUGUUUUACUAUAGCGCAGCGGUAAUCAGUCUGGUUUAUAUGAGGCUAUUGGAGUCAGUGGUCGGGUCCCGUUCUAUUAAUAGACCUGUUCUCCUCCUCAGUCUUAUCUCACUGAAUGAUUUAUGUCCCACGGAGCCCUAAUCAUUCCACAAUUAAUUUCCAGAAGAGAGGCCGUUGUGAGCGAUUCUGUUAGCUUAUUUGUGGUUACUGAUUUUUGUGUGUGUGUUGGAAUAGGGUACUGGCAGUUGUAGUAGAGAGUAGUGGAUUUCAAACAGAUAUUGUGGUUUGAGUGCUUGUUUCUUAGGAAUAAAUCACAAAGACAUUUUUGCCCAAAUAGCUUCCUUAUUCAGUUGUACAAUGCACAACUGGAAUGUUGAAAUGGUACAAUUACUGUAUCGUUUCUGGGGUAAGAACAUUUAACACAAAACGAGCUCACUGAACAUUUCUAACACACUGUUUUUAUAUAAUUGGUGGCCAUACUGCACAUCUUUUAUUUUCGGUUUAUGAUGAAAAAUGUAUGCACUCACUAACUGUAAGUCGCUCUGGAUAAGAGCGUCUGCUAAAUGACUUAAAUGUAAAUGAUGUUCAUUCAGCUCAGCCCCUAGCCCAUAGUCUUUUUACAGUUACAUUUUAGUCAUUUAGCAGACGCUCUUAUCCAGAGCGAAUUGCUGGAGCAAUUAGGGUUAAGUGCCUUGCUCAAGGGCACAUCGACAUAUUUUUCACCUAGUCGGCUCAGGGAUUCGAACCAGCGACGUUUUGGUUACUGGCCCAACGCUCUUAACGGCUAGGCUACCAAACAAAGAAAAUAUGGUCCCUCAAGUUCAUCAAAACUAUUCAGAUGCAGUGGGUCAUCCUCCACCCCUCUCAUCUCCCUCUGUAGGUACUGUUUGAUGAGCGUGAAGGGCUGCUAUACUGACUUCCACAUUGAUUUCGGGGGCACGUCUGUGUGGUAUCACGUUUUCAAGGGAGGAAAGGUAAGUUGUCAUGUUUGUUUGUUUUCCAGACAGUAUGUGGCAAACAACAGUGCAUCCUGAGGCUCUCUGGUAUACCCUCCCCCAAUCCUGGUACUGUACAUGUAUCCGAUUUCUGUAGAGGCGCUACAAAUGAACCUGUUCCCUGUUUGUCUCAGCGACGGCUGCAGAGUCAGCAGAAAUCAGAGGAUUGUUGCUAGGGUGUCCGUAUGCACACCUUUGAGGGAUCACAUUAUACAAACUAGCAAAAGGUCGUGCUAGAGCAAGAAGAGGAAGCGAUGGGGAAGAACAUUAUGUGAAAGGAUGAGCAAAUCUACGAAAUGUGCUGACUUCUCUAUUAUAAGCUGUAACCUUGAGUGUUGUUAACAUAUAGAAAUAUAUCGCCCAUGUUUUUAGAUGACAACCAAAGCCACAUCCCCAACUUUUAUCUCCCUGUCCUGUCCCCAGGUGUUCUGGCUGGUGCCUCCGACACCUCAUAACCUUGCCCUGUAUGAGGACUGGGUUCUGUCAGGCAAGCAGAGUGACGUCUUCCUGGGAGACCGUGCAGAUGGCUGCCAGAGAGUUGAGCUAAAACAGGGCUACACCUUCUUCAUCCCCUCCGGUGAGCUGCCUAGCAUUUUGUUUUGAUCUAUUCCUAUCAUAAUAUCAUUGUAACAAACCAUACAGUACAUGCACUGCUUUAUUCGGGCAUGUGUUUGAGAACAUGUUUGGGCAUACCAUGUCUAUCUGCCUGAGCAUGUCUGAGCAUGUUUUGAGUGGGUCAGCUGGUUCUCAUGAUGUUUGGCUGGCUGUCCCGUUUCAGGCUGGAUUCAUGCAGUCUACACCCCCGAGGACACACUGGUGUUCGGAGGCAACAUUCUGCACAGCUUUAACAUUCCCAUGCAACUCUCCAUCUAUGAGAUAGAGAACAGGACUAAGGUAGGCUGUCUCAUACAGGUAUCCCAGUACUGA